AUGGACCACCCCCUUCAGCCUUUGUCAGCCAAGCCGCCGCCCCAACCCCAACCAGCCGUCAUCAUUGCUGGAGCCGGGAUCUGCGGUCUGCUUCUGGCACAGUACCUCCGCAAAUCCGGGGUGCCGUUUCGAAUCUUCGAGCGGGACACGGACUUUACCACUCGCGGGCUCGGAUGGGGUCUCACCCUGCACUGGUCGCUGCCUGCCCUGCGCGCGCUCCUGCCCGACGACCUGGUCCGCCGGCUUCCCGAAGCCUACGUCGACAGAGCCGCCGUGGCCACCGGCCUGACGUCGGCCUUCCCCUUCUACGACUUGAGCACCGGCGAGCGUCUGUCUGCGGCCCCGUUUGCACCCGAGGCGCAGCGAAUCCGGGUCAGCCGCAACGUAUUCAGGCGUAUUCUGGCGACCGGGAUCGACAUUGAGUGGGGAAAGGCAGUGAGCGGAUUCGAAGCAGCAGAGGGCGACGGUGAUGGCAAGGAGUCCGUCACAGUCCGACUCGAAGACGGUUCUUGGUGUGUCGGGAGGCUGCUUGUGGCUUGUGACGGGAGCCAGUCCCGCAUACGACGAGCUCUCUUCCCCGACACGCCUGCCUUUCAAAUUCCCGUCCGUGUGAUUGGGGUCAGAAUCGACUGCACCCCCGCACAGAUUGAGCCAGUCCGGAAGCUUGACCCCUUUUUCCUCCAGGGGACUUCGUCAAAGGACAAUACUUAUGUGUAUUUCAGUGUGCUUGACGCCCCUGGCAACCAUGGGGAAAACGUCGCAGACCCGGCGUCGGGCAAGUACAGCUGCCAGAUAGUGGCGUCGUGGCCCGUCCGGAGUGGCUUUCUUGGGGAGCCGUUGCCAAUUCCCUUCCCCGCCACUGGCGCCGAGGGAGCCAAGCUCAUGAAAAGGUUUGCUGAAACAUGGGCUGAGCCGUUGCGGUCCUUGGUUCACUCGCUCCCGGAGGACGAUGCCGGAGCUAGUGGCACAGACAUGAAGUCGCUCGAGCUUCACGACUGGCCGCCGCCGCACGGCCUGAGGACUACCGCCAGUGUGGCACUGGUCGGGGACGCCUUGCACCCAAUGUCCAUGUAUCGAGGCGAGGGGGCCAACCACGCCAUUGUAGACGUUCUCGAGCUCGCAGAGCUCGUUAUCGGGCCCCAAAUUGUUCAGGACAGCAGCAACAGCAGCAACAGCAGCGGUCACGGUGGUAGUGACAGUGACAGUGAUAGUGACAGGCACAAGAGACUGCGGGCCGCGCUGGACCAGUUCGAGGACGUGGUUGCGGCUAGAACGCGUCCUGCGGUUCUCGCGUCUAGACAGGCGUGCAUUGAUGCGCACAGCUGGGAAAGGAUCAGCGACCAGAGCCCGCUGCUGAGCAGGCGGGUCAUGAAGAUUGAUUUCGACGAGAAGGAUCUGUACCUACCUUAA